ACCGACCAAUGAGACGCUAUCCCGGAAGUCCGGGCGGGCGUUCCGCGUGGUAGCGGCGAACAAGUGUCGCUUUCACUGCACUCUUUACGGGUUGACUAUUUCACACUCACUUUUAAGGGGUUUUUUUACCUUUUUAAUUUUUAUUUCGAAUAUUUGGUGCUUUGCUUGAGUUCUCAGAUGGCCGAAGCAGCUUCAAGUAACCAAUUUGACCCCUGCGAGCACCAGCAUAUCCGCUACAACCCGCUGCGCGAUGAGUGGGUCUUGGUGUCCGCGCACCGCAUGCUGCGGCCGUGGCAGGGUCAGGUGGAGCACGUGGCAGACAGCGAGGUGCCACGCAGGGACCCGGCAAACCCACUCUGCCCGGGCGCCGUCCGUGCUCUCGGACAGGUAAACCCUGAUUAUGAAGGCACAUUCACGUUUGAUAAUGAUUUCCCAGCCUUGCAGCCUGAUGCUCCGAGCCCAGGCCCAAGUGAGCACCCACUGUUUAGGACAGAGGCUGCCAGAGGCAAUUGUAAGGUGAUGUGCUUCCACCCGUGGUCUGAUGUCACAUUGCCACUGAUGUCCAUUCCUGAGAUCCGCGCAGUGAUUGACAAAUGGGCAGACAUCGUUACAGAACUUGGAUCGCAAUAUCAGUGGGUACAGAUUUUUGAAAACAAAGGAGCUGUAAUGGGAUGUUCCAACCCUCACCCUCAUUGUCAGGUGUGGGCGAGCUCCUUUCUGCCCAAUGAGCCACGUAUAGCAGACAGGACUCAGAAAGCCUACUACAAUACCAACGGAGUUCCAAUGCUUCUACAGUAUGCACAGAUGGAGGCCGAGAAGAAGGAGCGUGUGGUGGUGGAGAACUCAGACUGGCUGGCAGUGGUGCCAUACUGGGCCACGUGGCCCUUCCAGACUCUGCUGCUGCCACGCAGACACGUCCAGCGUUUAACCGACCUCACCGCAUCGGAGAGGGACAGUUUGGCAGAAGUCAUGAAGCGGCUUUUGACGAAGUAUGACAACCUCUUUGAGAAUUCCUUCCCGUACUCAAUGGGAUGGCAUGGGGCACCGACGGGAGAGUGGCUGACUGAGGGCAACUGCGACCACUGGCAACUGCACGCACACUACUACCCUCCCCUACUGCGUUCUGCCUCCAUCCGCAAGUUCAUGGUUGGAUACGAAAUGCUGGCUCAGGCACAGAGAGAUCUCACUCCUGAGCAGGCAGCUGAACGGCUCAGGAGCCUGCCGAAGGAGCACUACAAGAUGAAGAAAGCGCCUUGAAACCCCCAUUUCGCUAUUCCUGCCCAGGCCAUGUGGCUUUAAUCUUAAAAAGAAAUGACCCUUUCUGAAAGCGUAAUUGAAGUGCUAUACAAAUAUAUGACGGUGCUGACUGAAUAAAAGUCCGAUUUUUUGUUGUUCUUUGGACAUGUCAGGAAUAAAUCAUGAGAUUGUUAUAUCGUAUACAUGUACGCAUUUAUUUCUCCAAUUCAACUUUCAAAAGACAUCUAAUAAAGCUAUGAACAAC